AUGGCCAAAGAGUUUGAAGAACUCGCUCUCGAUGGACAUAACUAUCCUACUUGGGCACUGGAUAUCAAGAUCAGCCUUGCCUCAAAGAACAUUCUGAGUGCAUUGCUACCUCCUGCAGAGAGGACUGAGCCACUGCAUGAUGCCUACAAGUACAACGCAUUGUACAUUCUCAGGCAUCACCUCCAUCCUGAUCUGAAAGCAGAAUAUGUGAUGGAAGAAGAGCCAAAUGUACUAUGGUUAUCCCUUAAAGACAGGUACGAGCAACAGAAGGCUGUAAUCUUACCUGAGGCGAAUCAUGACUGGACUCAUAUUCGUCUCCAGGACUACAAGUUCAUAGGUGAUUACAACCAUGCUAUUCAUAAAAUCUGUGCUCUUUUGCGUUUCUGUGGCAAGGAACCUUCUGAUGCGGAUAAGAUUGAAAAGACACUCCAAACUAUGCUCCCAUCUGAUAGGGCAGAAAAGCACGAUGAGCUUACGAUGAAGAAUCAUAAGCAACGUCAUGUUGGGGCUGCCCCUAUACCUAAAAUACAUCAUGCUAUGAAAGAUGAGAAGAAAGGGAAUGGCUUCAAAAACCAUUCCAAGUUUUCUGAUAAUUCAAAGAAGCGCAGACGCAACAAGCGUAAGGGUAAGAAAAACACAAAGGCUCCGAGGAAAGACACUACUACUUCCAAGGAUGAGAAGUGUAAGAAGUGUGGAUGCUACAACCAUCCCACCAACAAGUGUCGCACUCCUCGCCACUUAGUGGCUCUGUACCAGCAAGCUCUCAAAGGCAAGGCUGCAGAAGGACAGGAAUACGAAGCUCACUUCGCCACUCCAUCCAACUUGAAGGCUGAUAUUGGAAGUCCAAGCAUGAGUCAAAAGGAACCAUGCACUUCCAACCUUCCACUCCUGACCUACACUGAGCCUAUGGACAUAGACAACGUCAUCGUCGACUAUUGUUUGGAUGACGUCUUUGGAGACCUUAACUAG